AGGUUUUGUUUAGUAUAUAUACAUACUCACGCAUGAAUACAAGCAAGGCAUGACCCUAAAUUAUGAAGAGAUGCAGCGGAGGCAAAAACGAGGAGACUGGGGGGUUGAAGAGAUGCAGGGGCGGCAAAAAGGAGAGUCAGGCGUUGAAGAGAUGCAGCCGCAAAAGGAAGAAGGAAAGUGAGGCGUUGAAGAGAUGCAGCGGCCGCAAAAAGGAGAAGGGUUGGACUUUGAAAAGAUGCAGCGACGACCCCUGCGUCUGCGAAAAGAAGCUUAAGAGAGCAGGACGCCCAUAUUCGCUAUUCGACCCAGAAAACUAUUUUCCUUCUCCAAUAAAUACCAUCCACCCUGAUUGUACUACUGGUGAACCACAUGACUUUUUCGAAUUUCCUGAAGAAAUAUUUAUGGAGGAGAUUAAGCCUCUUAAUAUUAAGAAAGGCAAGAAAUUGCCUAUUGAUGUGUUUUCCUUGUUAUCUAAUGGCGGUAAAACAAACUCCCUUGUCCGUAAAAACGGUGAAAGAGUUGGUUUAAUCGAUGCUAUUGCCGGUAAGUAUUUGGUUGUUUGUUGCUUCUUCGUGCCUAUGUUUGCUGGCGACCCUCCUCAGCGUGUAUGCCGCAGCUUGAUUGCAACUUACAAUGGCUUGAAGAAGAAUAACUCAAAUUUCGAGAUGGUGAUGGUAGCUAAGAUGAGAUCCUCAUUUAUCUCUAAGGAACAAGAGGAACCUGCUUUCGACUGGUUUUUUUCUGCGUUUCCUUGCUUGGCUGUACCCUUUUCUGACUUUUCGACCAGGGACUCGAUUUGCAAGCUUCUUGGGUUAAAAAGUUCGAGGUUGACUGAAAGUGAUGCUUGUCUUGUUCUAGAUCCGGAUCAAAAGGUUUUGCAGUCGGAUACUUUGUGUUUCAAAGAGUAUGGUGCUGCGUCCUUCCCUUUCACUGAUCACCACUUGGACUCCGUUAAGAAAAAAAUUGAGGAGGUAAGGAUGAGGUUGGAUCCAGUUUACCGGCAAUCGAAACUCGACGGCCAGGAGACAUUGAAGAGGUGGUCGGGUCCUCUCUACAAGGGCGUUGUAGAAGAUGAAAUCAGCACUAAACCUGUGACCCUGGAGGAACUCUUGUGCUGCGAAUCCUCAAUGCUCCUACACAAAUGUGAUGGCAGUAGCCAAGAGAACAAGGUAAUAUCUGUUGCAGACCUCAGCAAGAGCAAGUGUGUUGUCUUGUACCUUUGCUUUGAUGCUGCAUUUAUGUCUCGUCUUGAAAUCUUCCGUCGCAGAUGUGUUAAGCGUAAGCAACAGUUUGACGUUGUGAUCAUAAACCUAUCCUACUUUUCUGACGAGUCUUCCUACUCUGAAGCAUUCAAGUUGGCAUUGAAUGAGAACGGUAUAUCGUCUUGGUGGGAGCUUCCCUUUGUUGACCAUGUUAGCCGAAGACUUUACCAAAUUGUUAAUGUUCCAUAUGAAGAUGAUGUAAUCAUUUGGGCUGGUGGUGGGCGUUCCGGUGAGCUAAGUGGAUUAGCUCUUAUGGAGUGGUGUGGCUCAAGCAACUUAUAUCCUGUCACUAGAAAGAAAUGGUUAGAUGACAAGCUUUCGGCUUUAAGGUCACUCACCCUAGAGUCGUUUCUUUCCUACAAGGGAUGCAAACGAGGUUCUUCUCACUUGAAAGUUUCUUGCCUCAAGAACAGGAAAAUCCUCCUUUACUUUGGCUCCUCUAGUUCUCUCUUCAAGAAGUUGCUUGACUCCUACAAACAAAUCAAGGAGGACUAUCCUGGUUCUGAAGUGGUCUUUGCUCCUAUGUGUAAUCCAAAUCCAGUUAAUGAGAUGCCGUGGCCGCAACUGUCUUCUCCCGUUGCAAUACCCGAGGUUCUUUGGUUUAAGCCUAUACUUGUGGCAUUUGGGGACGACAACCGGAUUAAAUCAUUACAUGCUGAAGAACGUCUAGAUUACAGAGAAAAUGAGGUUUCACUGUUUGAUGAUACUUUGCGUGAUGAGACCCUCGAAUACUUGACAUGUGAAAUACAACGUUGACGGGUACAGCUCACUGUUUAACUGGCCACUCUGCUGCUUGUCUUUGGUUAUUCUGCUUUUUGUGUGUUUUAGUUGAUGUUAUCAAUCUGUAUUCGUAAAGAUAAUCUUAUUAAUAAUAAAUUAUUUGCAUUUUUGUUUUCUUUGCUCCCUGCUUUCAAUUUUUGCUUUGAUUCCCAACACAAUGCAUCUGCUACCUGAAGUACAAUGUGAUCAUUUGGAUGAUUUUUGCUUUGACCUUGC